ACUCACCCUCCUCUCCGCGUCUCACUAAACCAAACGCUGGCGCCGUGCCUGUCGACGUCGACGCGUUCCGCUAUUUGCUGUAAAACCUACCUAUUGAGGUAUAGCCGCACCUCGCCUGAGAAUCGCCGACGACCGACUCGCUUGUGGCAGCGAUACUAUCACCGCUAAUCACAUCAUUGCUCCUGGUGAUCUCUAAUCGUCAACCAUAACUACCCCUUGCCCUCGGGGAAUCUCUUGCACACUCAUCCUCUGCGCCCGUAACGUGCGCUCCCUCGCAGUCAUCCAUCUAGACGCGCAUUGCACCCGUGUACGACCCGCGAAUGACGAAGAAGAACGCUAUCAUCUUUGGUGGUCUCAACACUUGUACUCGAGCGCUCGCCGCCCACCUCGUUCCCCCGGAUGGCGAGCCGCUCGUCGCGAAUCUCCGGAUCGUCGACAAGUACUCCGUCGCGCCUCCUACUACCUACCUGGGCGCCGAGUUCCCCAAGGUACUCGAGAAACCAAAUGUCGAGUACAAGCAGGCCAAUCUCACCAUCCCUGCGGCUGUUACCGCAUGCUUCGACCCGCCUGAGGGUCAGGAGCCGUACCACUAUGUGUUCGACUUGGCUGGGGAGAUCCAGUGGGAUAGGCCGGAGAAGGUCCAGAUCAACAACACGCUCUGCGUCUCUCAACAUGUAGGCCUCGAGGCGGCGCGUCGAGGGGUGCUCGCGUAUGUCAAACUGAUGCACCCGUUUUACGAGUGUAAAGAGAAGGGCUCGCAUGACGAGAAGGAGGACGUGAAGCCGGACGGAGUGUUGGGAACGUGGUGGCACGAGACGCUUCGGACGUUGGGCGCGAUCGACGGUCUCAACCUCGUCAUCGUGCGGAAAGCGUGUGUAUAUGGACCCUAUGUUGACUAUGGCCCGAUCACCUCCUACAUGGCCAUGGCUUCUGUGUAUGCCUACUUGAAACAACCAGUGAAAUGCUUGUGGGGCCCAGGCAAGCAUCCUGUCCAUACCGUCCACGUAGACGACGUCGCGGGUGCUAUGUGGGCUUGCGCCGAAUGGAUUGACCGUGUGGGAGGCCGUACAAAGGCGAAUGAGAUAGCAGGCGAAGAAAUUCCGUUCAGGAAUGACAAGAGCAAGGCAGCGCAAGUCCCGGCGAUGGCUCCACCAGAUCAAAAGAUAGUUGCCCCCCUCUUUCACCUGGAGGAUGAUGGUAAUCUGGACCUCGCCGGACUGGGAACCCGAGUAGCAAACGCAUUUGGGACACAAUUAGAGUUCUACAACUUCAUGGUAAACACCUUGGCGAAGUUCAAGCUCGAAGACCACGUGGAGGAUAUCAACGAAGAGCACGUCUCGACGUGGACUACGAUGAUCACGGAGUCCAAGCCUCCUUGCCCUCAGACGCACUACACUGCGUACAUGACCGUGUACAAUCUCAAGCGGAUCGUUGUCGCGUUCAACGCGGACAAGCUGAAGCGCGUUGUUGGGUAUCAACUAAAGAUACCUCAACUGACACCGGACACGGUUCGCGACGUGAUCGACAAACUCAAGGCGGAGGGCUCGUGGCCCAACAACGACUCAUAGUUCCUUCUUCGCCGCUCGACUCUGGAAUACUCAUCGCGAACCUGCACUUGGACCGGAACCUAAUUUCCACACUGGGCAUAGAACGAGUCUGACGAAGCUAAUUGACGAUAAUGCACGAAAUAUGAACGGAAUGCUGGAAUGACGAAUGUCGGUGUGCGCGCGAUCUCCCCAUGUUUCUCUCUGUCUCCUAUCUUCCCUCCCAUCUCCGUACACCACUUACCUGUGUCAUCCUUGUUUGCUGUUUUAUCUCCGCGCGACACUUGCUUUGUGUUUGUGUCCAAACAUUGUGAUAAUACGCCUCGUCCCCUUCUCCCCAGUCGCUCUGCGCGCUUCGCAUUCGUACGGUUUCCCUUCGCAGCCACAUCCUAUUUGCUAUUUACGUACUAUUAUUUACUGCGCGUGCGGGUGUUUUCGUUUUGCUGUCUGCGCUAUAAUACCUUCGGGCGAGUGUCGCUGUAAUCAAUACUAUUGCUGUUUUAUCG